UGAAAGUUGGCAUUUAAUAACGGAUAAAAACGAGCGUGGCCGCGAUUGCUGCUAGCAAUUAUACCGAUUCGCCGGUACAAGUGAUGUGAGGCUGUGGAAUAAAUAUACAUACUCGACAUACAUACAUACAUAUGUGCAUACUCGUAUAAUGUAAAAAUGGACGACACGACAAAUAGCAUCAUUGUGUAUUUAUCGGCCAUGUUCUUCGUCUUUUUCUCGUGCGUCAUUUUGUGUUGUUUUCUGCGUCUCUGCGUUUGGGCAUACAUUGAGAUUUGUGGAAAACAAAGAACGGAGCCGAGUAGCCGUCGCUUGGGUCGCCGAGAUGCUCGGUGUGUGCGACAGGAAAGGGAUCGCCAAGGCAAUGUAUAUACGGGUUCUGAUGACCGAGCAAACAAUCGGUAUGGAGAUAUAUACUUUAUUGAACCGAACAGCGAAGAAGCGGCACGCAUACGCGAGCAGCUAGAAAAGGAUGAUAAGGAACUCCCCAGCUAUGAUGAAGUCAUGCGCAUGUGUAAUCUGACCUCGCCAACACCAGCGCCAGCUGCAGUAGUAGCACCUGCACUACCCAGUAGCACCGAUGGUGUGGCCAUUAGCGUUGCUGCCUUACCAGCGCCGCCCUAUGUCGAAGUUGAUCCGAAUGCGCAGCCUCCAUCAAUAACGCCCAGCUCUGUUCCGCCCCAAUGCACGGUAGUUUCGCUGGAGCCGUCAACCUCGCGCGCUGCACAGACGACCACUUCAUCAUCAGUGAUAAUGACCUUGUCACAGACGGCCUCUAACACGGAAGUUUGAGGGCUGACUGGAGAAAGUACCCCCGUUUGAGGAGGUGGAAGUUGUCUUGUGCCACUCAGGGACGCACAAAUUGGCGUUUGUGCGGGCCACAAAACGAAGAAGAGGAAAGAUGAAAAAUAUGUGAUUUUAGCAUAUCGAUUUAGCUAGAAAUUAAUAUUUUCGAUAAUUGUACAUAUUUAUAAUUUAGGCUGCAAUAAAAUAGUAUACAUACAUAUGUAAGUGGAAAAAA